AUGGCGACCACCAUGGUACCGAACCACUACGCCGCCCAGCAAGUGGCCUCGUACAGCUACGUCCAGCCUCCUCAGCCUCCGCCGUCGCCUCCGAUGGACGACAACAAGUGCUCUCUACCUUCCAUCUCCAACCUGCUCGGUCUGGCGGACGCUGGCUCGCCCACCAGUGAGACCUCUCCCCAGAACCAACAACAGCAGGCCUCUCAACAACAGAGCCCUCGGCAGACUCAGCAGCAAGUGGCACAGCAGCAAAUGCAGCAGCAGGUCCAGCAACAGCAGGCGGUUCAACAACAGAUGCAAAUGCAGGCCCACCAGCAGAUCCCUCAAGUCGCCUCUCCGGCUCCCUCGAGGCCUGACACUAGGCCCAACUCUGCCCAUUAUUCCCACCCCGCUAUGAUGCGCGGAGGUAUGCCUCCCACUCCUCCGAUGACCUCGGAUGCCUCCUUCGAUAGCUACCCUUCCCCGGCUACCAAGUCGAUCGCCGGCAUUCCCGUCGUCUCCGGCCACAACUACUACUACGAGACCACUCCUCCUCUCGAGGAGCCUCGGCACAUGACUCCCGUAGUCUCUCGCGUUCCGCUUCAGACCUCGUAUCCUCAGCAGUCAUUCGCUGCCUCGCCCUACAUGACUCAACCUACUCUCGCGUCUUACUACCCGCCCAUGCAGCCUACUCCUCCUCCCCAGCCUCAGAUCUCCGGCCUCUACUAUCAGCGCCCUCUUCCUCAGCAAUUCCCUCCCAUGCCCGUCUCCGUCGGCCUCGGCCCAACCUCCAGCACCAACCCUUGGCAGCACCACCACUACAUCGCUCCUUCCUCCACGACAUCUUUCCCUCAGAGCCAAGACCGAUACAUCUGCCAGACAUGCAACAAGGCUUUCUCGAGGCCAAGCUCUCUCCGAAUCCACAGCCACUCUCACACCGGUGAGAAACCCUUCAAGUGUCCCCACCCCGGAUGCGGCAAGGCUUUCAGCGUCCGAAGCAACAUGAAGCGUCACGAGCGAGGUUGCCACAACUACGACUCUAGCAACUCGUCCUCCCUCACUUCCUAA